GACAACUCUUCAAAAUAGGACAGGUUAUCUUGCAUCGCAGCGUUAUCUCCCGUGGGAUAGUGUGGUAAAGGCAUUGUUCUUUGUACCAUUAAUUCUCAUAUCGGUACCAUUCAUCUUUUUACAUUUUUUACAGCUAUUACAUUUCAGUGCCUUUAUUUUAGAAUGUGCUCUGCUCUUAACCAGUCUCCUAGUAACAUUAUAUUCGACUACGAUCAGAAUCGUCGAAAUGUGGCUAGUAGUGGUGCAACUUCAGUGUUUAUAGCUACAUUAAUGUAUGUGAAACAUGGUUUUUAAUGUUUUUGUUUCAGCAGGUGUCAGUCGGUCAGUUAGUCAGUCUAGACAAAAACAACACAGCCGCGUUCAUCACAUAGGCUACAGACAUUUUUGGCAUUCAGCCUGAGAAUGAUGGCAACGUCAGAUUAAAUUCUGCAGUAUUAAUCGUAGUGCCAUCGCAGAGCAUAUUUGGAUUACGCUGCAGCACGAAGGGUGGUCAGAUAGCUGCCAUUUUAUCGGUUUCGGUCGUGAUGAGGUUGAGGAAGUGCUGACACUCGGAUACCAAUCGUUUGAGACGCACAAGGCUUCCCCGAGGCGUGAGAACCAUGUCUAUGGUGAGCACUACGAACAACCACGCCGAAGCUACCAUGGAUGAUGCUAUUGGGGUCUUGUAUACGAAUCCACUAGACGACUAUGAACUGAUCCACAGGAUUGGGAGUGGGACAUACGGUGAUGUUUUCAAGGCUCGCGAUGUCAAAACAUCUGUCAUUUCAGCCAUCAAGGUCAUCAAGCUUGAUCCUGGGGAAGAUUUAUCAAGUAUCCAGCAGGAGAUCACCAUGAUGAAGGAAUGUACUCACAAGAACAUUGUGGCCUACUUUGGCAGCUAUCACAGAAACAACAAGCUUUGGAUUUGCAUGGAAUUCUGUGGGGGAGGGUCCUUGCAAGACAUUUACCACGUGACUGGACCCCUGAAGGAGAGACAGAUUGCGUACGUGAGUCGGGAAACACUACAGGGGCUGCACUAUCUGCACCAAAUGGGAAAGAUGCACAGAGACAUUAAAGGAGCUAACAUUCUCCUGACCGAGCGAGGAGACGUCAAACUGGCGGAUUUUGGGGUAGCAGCUGAGAUUAAUGCUUCGGUCUCAAAGAGGAAGUCUUUCAUUGGGACACCCUACUGGAUGGCCCCAGAGGUGGCUGCAGUGGAAAAGAAGGGAGGGUACAACCAGCUGUGUGAUAUCUGGGCGGUGGGCAUCACCGCCAUCGAGCUGGCCGAGCUUCAGCCGCCCAUGUUCGACCUGCACCCCAUGAGAGCCUUAAUGGUCAUGUCCAAGAGCAGCUUCCAGCCACCCAAACUCAAGGAGAAGACCAAAUGGUCAGCUGAGUUUCAUAAUUUUGUGAAGGCGGCACUGACCAAGAGCCCACGCCGCAGACCAACAGCCGAAAAACUCUUACAGCAUGCAUUUGUCACUCAGCUGUUGACUCGGACCCUGGCCAUCGAGCUGCUGGACAUGGCCAACAACCCUGACCUGCAGACGACACUCACCAUGGACGAAAGUGACCUUGAGACCUGCAGUGCCUUCCCGGAUAAGAUCCAGUCGUUGGGGAAACACCUGCUUGUCCAGAGGACCCAGUCGGAGGAGCAGUUUGAUCACAUGAAAUUUGGACCUCCCAUAAGGAAAGAGACUGAUCCCACCCCUGACCUGGCCCUGUAUGAUGAAUGGAGUACCAUUGGGGUCAGCAAGGACUCCCCGAGUUUGUUGGAAAGUGUUGAGGAGGCAUUGCAGAGAAGUCUAACCAUCAAGAGGGCUCUGCCUGCUGGAGGGAAUGCAAAUGAUUCCCCAGGCUCUGAUGAUGAGGACAAAUAUGGCACUGUGAAGAGAGGCACCGUGGUGUCAGAGUUGUCCUCCACCUCCUCCGUCUCCUCCUCCACCACCUCCAUCUCCUCCACCCCGCUCAACGCUAAGACCCCGGGCAGCGCUCCGGCUCCCCUCCUGGACGAGUCGCCCCUCCUGGGUGGCUCGGGCCUCUGUGACCUCUCGCUCUCGCUGCUGGCCGGCUCGGCGCUCUUCUCCGACUCGGCGCUCUUCUCCGACUCGGCGCUCUUCUCCGAGUCCUCGAUGAGUCUCAGCUCGCUGCUCUCCUCCCCCACGGAAGGGGGCGGUGUUCCCAAGGAGCCAGGGGGAAAAGCGGGGAGGGACGCGCCUCCGACUCGCCAGCCUCCUCUGUCGCCAGAAUGGAGCACGCUUCGCAGGAAGACCGAGGAGUCGAGGUCUGACUCCCACGGGCUCCCCCCUACACCCCACGUGCACAUGGGAGCCUGUUUCUCUAAGGUGUUCAACGGUUGUCCCCUGAAAACCCAUUGUGCUGUGACGUGGGUUUUACCAAAGACCAAAGAUCAGUACCUCAUCCUGGGAGCAGAGGAGGGAAUAUACACCCUCAACCUCCACGAGCUCCACGAGGACACCAUGGAGAAGCUCCUUCCCCAGAGAUGCACCUGGCUGUAUGUCAUGAACAAUGUGCUGAUGUCUGUUGCAGGCAAGUCCUCGCAGCUCUCCUCCCACAGCCUCCCGGCACUCUUCGAUGAGCGGCGAAACAUGCAGAGGAGGCAGGGCCACCUGUCCAUCAACGCACACCGCCUCAGCACCAGGAUCAACUCCAAGAAGUACUCCAUGUCUGUGAAGAUACCAGACACUAAAGGCUGCCGUGGGUGUCGUGUAGUGCGUAACCCCUACACAGAUAGCACCUUCCUUUGUGCCUUGGUGCCUUCUGGUUUAGUUCUUCUUUUGUGGUAUGAUCCGCUGCAGAAGUUUAUGCAACUUAAGCACAUAGCGAUGAGUUUGCCCGAGUCGCUGCCCAUCGUUGAGCUCCUGGUGGUGGAGAGCGAGGAGCUGCCGCUGUUGUGUAUAGGGGUCAAAGGUCACUCGCCACACACAGCACACACUAACGGGCAGCUGAAGUUUGACCUCAUCCGCCUGGACGAUACCCCUCAGGACAAGCCAGAUGGCGAAUCUCUCAGUGUGCAGCAGGUAACUCAGCUGGACAGAGACACCGUUCUGAUUGCACUGGAAAAAACUGUGAAAAUUGUGGAUCUACAGGGAUGUCCCAUCAAAAACAUGGCCUCAGCGCUCACCUUUGAUUUUUCCAUUGAGACUUUGGUGUGUUUGCAGGACAGUGCCCUUGCCUUCUGGAAACAUGGACUCGGUGGGAGGAGCCUCUGUAAGAAUGAGGUAACGCAGGAGAUAACAGACAAAAGUCGCAUAUUCAAAGUCUUAGGGACAAAUAGGGACAUCAUUCUCCAGAGCACACCCACAGAGGAUCCAUCCGCUGCCAGCAACCUGUACAUCCUCACAGGCCAUGAGAGCAGCUACUGAGAGGAACACGCAGGGGAUUUGGACUCGGGACCGGGACAUAGUCUCCACACACCCACGGAGGAUAUGAAGACCAGCCCUUAGAUGGUCGUCCUUCAGAAAGCAGAGGGGAUAGUGACGGAGCAACGCUGUGAGCUACAGCAGAGAGAUCCCCCCCCCCCCCCAGAGCAAAGCUCCCAUUAGCUGACCUAGGGUCAGUUGAGAGGGCUGGCAGAAGGUUGCAAGGAGACUGGUGUUGUGUAGUGAGUUGAGUUUUUUGACUUGACUUACUUGUCAGUUUUUGUUAUUUAUUUAAAACAAUUUAUUUUGGUGAGAUAGCCCUCUGUGGGCAAAGAUGGAGAAAGGCAGCUUGUGGUGUCGGGAGACUUGAAUGAUUCCUUCAAGAAGAAGAAGAAGAAAGUGUGGUGCUGGACAACACCCUGAGAAAAGCCACAAGACAAGCAAGCAAACAGUCCGGAGGAGCACUGCUGGCUGGUCACCGACGCCCAGAGCUCUUGGGAUUUUUCCACUCAUUAUGUUCACUGGUCGCCAGAGGAAAGACGUUCUGGCUCAUAUCGCAGCCAGCCCAGUCAAGCAGAAAACUUGAGUGAACCAUUGAUGGUUAUGUACACGUAUGCCAUGGAAUCGGUCACCUGACCUUUCGUUAGCACAUGCCAACUUCCGCAGAGCUAUCAGCAUACUCUGCCCUCAAAGGGUAAUAGAACAUAAUUUGCCAUUGCCUGGGAACAGCAAAAUGCUAACCAAAAAGCAAUGUUGUGGUCACGUGAGUGACGUAUAUUUAUGAGUUGUAUUACUUCAGGCCUUUCUGGAAAUGUGUGAGAACUGGAGCACAGGUCAUUACGAACAGACUAGCGACUCAAAUAAGUAAAUACUGCUUAUCCCAUGGACAUGUUAACGCCAUGGAAAACAGACGAGAAUGUAGAUCAUUAAGUUGUUGAGAUCUUAGGUGUAUGGAGGGUGGAGGGGGAGAAACUUUCCUCUGUUUGCGCUAUGAGCUCAUUUGUCAUGGGGUAGACCAGCCAGCUAGCCACCUAUGACAUCACUCCUCAGUUUGGAAAGGGGACUGUUCCAAAGAUUUGAUACAACAUUCCCUUUGUUGAAAUGGGCUGAACCUCAAGAGACUUGUCUUUUUUUAGAGUGUCACGCGAGCCAGCGAGAGUUUGGGAUUAUUUUGUGGUAGUGUGAAGGAAGAACCUCUCCAUUAACAACUGUGUGAUUCAUGGGCUCAGACAAAUACAGUCUUUCAAAAGGCUGUAAAACUGAGCGAUAGAAAACACAAAGCAAAUUGCCUGAGAAUGUAUUGGUUGCCAAAGAUGAAGAACGAAAAUAAACAUCUAUGUUCCAA